GUUUUCCCCUUUUACUCCACAUACAGAGGAAAAAAUUAAGUAUACCAGACCUUCAAGUUAUGCAUCAAGAUCCCGCUCUACAGUAGUUAAAGCGAAGGACCAGAGAAGAAAUUCCUCUAGCUCUGUGCUCUCCACAUUAUGUUGGCAUAAGGUUUAUUGGCUUCCUAUAGACUAUCUCGUUGUCGCCAAGUUUGCUAUGAUUACUGGGGCUUACUUUACGGCACUUCUGUACAUGGAAUACUGGUGUGAAGAAAGAUUUAGCUGCCUUACAUUGGGAAGUCCCGACUUCUCACAUCUUGAAACACCUCCAGAACACAUUGACAUUCUAGUCUCUGCAGUUACUCAAAUAAAUGAGCCUGACAGCCUGUAUGGGAUCAUCCAAUCUAAUAAGCUAUCCUCUCAAAUUCUUACAUGUGAGCAUGAAGGGAAUUGGAACAAGGCCCUUGAAUACUAUGAUUUACAAAUUAGAUCUCAACCAGCUGAGCAUAUAGAAAUUGCUUCCGCUGAAAAGUCUCAAUCAGCAGUUAAUAUGCAUUUUUCCAGAUCCAAUGAGUUAAUGCAAAAAAAACCCCUUAAAGGUUUAAUUCGAUCAUUGCAGCAAAUAGGGUGCACUCAUCUGUUGGAUGUUUGUUGCCGGUGGUUUUCUCAAAAAAGCCAGUUUGACCAAGAUCCAGAAUUUUCUGAAUUGCAGUAUGAAGCUGCAUGGCGUGCAGGAAAUUGGGAAUUUUCUCUACUCUAUGGGGGGUCAAAUACUUCCCUUUCAGUUCUAGAGACUAAGGGCAAUCAUUUCAAUGAAAAUUUGCACAGCUGUUUACGGGCAUUACAAGAAGGGGAUUUGGGUGAAUUUUACACUAAAUUGAGAGACUCAAAGCAGGAGCUUUUGCUAUCGAUCUAUCAUGCCAGUAUGGAGAGCACAAAAUACAUUUAUCUAACAAUAAUCAAACUUCAGAUACUUUAUCAUCUUGGGAUGGCAUGGGAUCUGCGUUGGCCUUCAUCAAAUAAAAACUGCAAUUCUUUCUUAGGGAUAAAGACAUUGUUAUCAGAACCUGCAAUUCCAUCUAGUGACCAGCUAUCAUCUCUAGUUUUGGACUCUAGGCGCACUUUAAAACAAGCACAAUUACACAUGGAUUUGUUGGAACCGUUUAUAGCAUUUAGAAGAGUUUUACUUGAGACUCUAAAAUGCAUGGAUUGCACUCUACAACAUCUAUUGGAAUCUGCUUCUACUCUUCGAAAGGGCUCUAGAUUUUCUCAGGCUACUUCACUUUUGCAUGAAUUUAAAAGUAGUUAUGCUGCAUUGGGAGAAGAACAGUCUAAACUUUACUGGCUUGGACGGCUUGAGGAGGCUAAGCUUCUCCGUGCUCAGGGUCAGCAUCAAGCGGCCAUCAGCCUUGCAAAUUAUAUUUCACAGACCUACAAGUUCAAUGUGGAAGCAUUUGACGUGUUCCGUUUAAUAGGAAAGUGGCUGGCAGAAACUCGUUCAAGCAACUCAAGGACUAUAUUAGAUAAAUACCUUAAGCAUGCUGUUAAUCUUGCUGAUGAUUGCAUGGCAAAAGAUAAUGUCUGCACGGCAAAAAUGAAUCAAAUGCAUUUCCAUCUUGCUCAUUAUGCAGACGCUCUGUUCCGCAGUUAUGAAGAGAGACUGAAUUCCAGCGAGUGGCAAGCGGCAAUGCGUCUUAGAAAACACAAGAAGAAGGAGCUAGAAGUACUUGUCAGGCGACUGAAAACUUCAACAAAAGGUGAAAAAGUUGACUACGCGAUAAAGAUACAAGAGUUGCAAAAGCAACUUGCAAUGGACAAAGAAGAAGAUGCAAAGCUACAGGAAGACAAGGACAACUUUUUAAACACAGCAUUGGAUGAAUAUAGACGAUGUUUAGUCAUUGGAGAUAAAUACGAUGUUAGGGUGAUUUUUCGCCUUGUUUCAUUGUGGUUUAGUUUGUCUGCUAGAACAAUUGCAAUUGAUAGCAUGCUUAGCACAAUUAAAGAGGUUCAGUCUUAUAAAUUUCUACCAUUGGUGUACCAAAUUGCUUCAAGGUUGGGCAAUUUAAAAGACAGUCAUGGACCACAAAGCUUUCAGUUUGCAUUGGUUUCUCUAGUGAAGAAAUUGGCUAUUGACCAUCCGUAUCAUACAAUAUUCCAGCUGCUAGCUUUGGCGAAUGGUGACCGCAUUAAAGAUAGACAACGUAGUAAAAGUUCCUAUGUGGUUGAUAUGGACAAAAAGGUUGCAGCUGAGAAUCUUUUGAAGGAGUUAUCUUCUUACCAUGGAGCAGUCCUCACGCAGAUGAAGCAAAUGGUUGAAAUUUACAUUAAACUUGCUGAAAUGGAAACAAAGAGAGAUGAUACUAGCAAAAAGGUCACUCUACCAAGAGAAAUUCGUUGUGUCCGAGAGCUUGAACUUGUUCCUGUAAUAACAGCCAAUGUUCCUAUAGACCAUAGUUGUUUGUACAAUGAAGGGUCUUUUCCUCACUUCAAAGGAUUGACAGAUUCAGUCACCAUUAUGAAUGGUAUAAAUGCUCCAAAAGUAGUUGAAUGCAUUGGCUCUGAUGGUAAAAAGUACAGGCAACUUGCAAAAUCUGGAAAUGAUGACCUGAGACAAGAUGCUGUUAUGGAGCAGUUUUUUGGUUUAGUGAAUACUUUCCUCCAGAACCAUCGAGAUACCUGGAAAAGGAGACUGAGAAUUCACACAUACAAGGUUGUUCCUUUCACUCCAAGUGCUGGUGUUCUUGAAUGGGUAAAUGGCACAGUCCCACUUGGUGAAUACCUUAUAGGGAGCACAAGAGAUGGAGGUGCCCAUGGACGCUAUGGUAUGGGAGACUGGACGUUUCUUAAAUGUCGAAAAUACAUGGAUACAGAGCACGACAAGCGUCAGGCUUUCCAAGAAGUUUGUGACAAUUACAGGCCUGUCAUGCAUCACUUCUUCUUGGAGAGAUUUUUACAUCCAUCUGACUGGUUUGAAAAAAGGUUGGCUUAUACGAGAAGUGUGGCUGCUAGUUCAAUGGUUGGUUACAUUGUUGGGCUUGGAGAUCGACAUUUGAUGAACAUCCUCAUUCAUCAAACUACUGCCGAAGUUGUUCACAUAGAUCUUGGUGUAGCAUUUGAGCAAGGUCUAAUGCUUAAGACGCCGGAGAGGGUUCCCUUCAGGCUUACUAGGGACAUAAUAGAUGGUAUGGGCAUUACUGGGGUGGAAGGGGUUUUCAGAAGAUGCUGUGAGGAAACCCUUUCUGUGAUGCGCACAAAUAAAGAGGCACUGCUAACAAUUGUUGAGGUCUUCAUCCAUGAUCCAUUGUACAAAUGGGCUCUGUCUCCUCUAAAGGCCUUGCAACGUCAGAAGGAUAUUGAUGAUGAUUUGGAGGCUAGUGUGGAUGGCUCACAAGAAGAUGCAUACCAAGGAAACAGAGAUGCUGCAAGGGCAUUGAUGCGUGUUAAACAGAAAUUAGAUGGAUACGAGGAUGGUGAAUUAAGAAGCGUACACGGUCAAGUACAACAACUAAUACAAGAUGCAACUGAUCCAGAUCGUUUGUGUCACAUGUUUCCUGGAUGGGGAGCGUGGCUGUGAUCAGAAAUACGUUUCUUUGUAAAUUUUGAAAUGUAAAGUUUAGUUUUUACAAGCUCUAUGCUGACCAAAUUAUAGGCCGAAUUUCGUAACCGA